AAACUUGUGAAAACAGAUAAAUGUUCACAAGAGAGCUCCAGCAUCACCUGAACUCAGCACAACUCCAAGCAGAAACCUCAUUGCACAAACCCCAUCAUGAGUGUGAGGAUCAAGAAGAACAGGCGAUCUGGACUUUGUUUCCCCUCUGAAGGCUUCACCAGCAAGUCCAUGGGAUCCAACCCUGUUCGCAAAUCCAGCACCACAAACAACGUGGUUCCCAUUAAACCUGUCACCAUAAACAAGAGCCUCCUUACUCCUCUGAAGACCGACAUCGAUCCUGAAGUCCAGGCUCUGCGUACUCAGGAGAAGGAGCAAAUUAAAGGUCUGAAUAAUCGCUUUGCAUCACACAUCAAAAAGGUCCAACUGUUGGAGCAACAGAACAAGAUGCUGGAAACCAAGUGGCAGCUCCUGCAGAGUCAGGCUGCCUCUUCCUCCAGUACUGAGUUCAUGUAUAAAGCCUACAUCGCCAACCUGCAAAAAGAGCUGGAAGGCAUCCACAAUGAUGGCAAGCGUCUCGAGGCGGAGAAAAGUUCCUGGAAUGGUCUGCUGGACAAUUACAAAUCAAAGUAUGAAGAAGAGACCAGCAAGAAGACUGAGUCAGAGAUUUACUUUGUAGCACUCAAAAAGGAUACGGAUGCAGGAUUCAACUCUAAGGUGGAUCUAGAAACCAUGUUGUCCAGUCUUACUGACAAAUUCAACUUCCUCAAAGCUGUUCAUGAUGCUGAGAUGAGAGAGCUACAGGGCAGCCUGAAGGACACCUCCGUGGUAGUGGAGAUGGACAACUCCCGCAGUCUUAACAUGGAUCAGAUUGUAUCUGAUGUUAAGGCUCACUAUGAGGAAAUUGCUGCUCAGAGCCGCGAAGAAACAGAACGUUGGUACAGGACAAAGUUUGACCUGAUGACAACCCAAGCAAACCAGUAUGGUGCUGACCUGCGUUCCACCAAGGUGGAAAUAGCAGAAAUGAACCGAGUGAUCAGUCGCCUGACGCAUGAAAUUGAUGUUAUAAAACCACAGUGUGACAGCAUUCAGAACAGCAUUACUGAGGUGGAAUCAAAUGGGGAACAAGCUGUGUUUAAUGCUAAAGACCGCAUCAAGGACUUGGAGAAAUCUUUGAUGGACGCAAAACAUGUCAUGGCUAAACAGAUCAGGGAAUACCAGGAACUUAUGAACAUCAAGAUGGCCCUGGAUAUCGAGAUUUCCACUUAUAUGAAAUUGAUGGAAGGAGAGGAGGACAGACUUGGACAGAAGACUGUUAUUAAUGUCCGCUCAGCACCCAUCAGACAUGUGAGCUCAGAACCCAUUAAAACUAAUCACCAGCGGCGGAGGUCAGGGCCGAUUCUCAUCAAAGUGGUAGAGACCCAGGACAUCUCAUACAGCUAAAGCAGAACAGACUGCAGCACACAGGCCUCCUGGAUCCCCAGUCUUCAUAAUUCACACUGAUAAUACAAUCAGUGGAAAGAGUCGCCUGUAUUUGUUGUGUCUCAUUUUGGGUCGAAACUCUGAUCAAGCUUCACAACCUUGAAAAUAGUUCGCCCUGAAUUUUCCGUCUUCAAUAACAAAAGAAUAUUCAAUGUUUUCAUAAGUAAAUCUGUUUUGUUGAUUAAUCUUCAACACAUCUGAAGGUUACCCUAACCUAAUAAAUAUAAUAAUUUCAUUAGUUAGUGACAACUUGCCCAUGAUGAGGUCCACUCCCACUGUUUCCUUUUCAAUGCUUACUGUGUGUUGAAAACAUUAAACGAAUUAAAAACAUUUUUCUGUCUGGAGUA